AUGUCUAAAAAUAUUUUAAAACGGCUAGUACAUCAAGUGAUUGCAGCUAAUAAAUUUUUCAUACAAAUUGAUGAAUCUGUUGAUAUUCAAAAUAACGCACAAUUGAUGGUAUUCAUACGUUAUCGAAAUACCGACGAUUUUCAUGAAGAAUUUUUAUUUUGUGAGCCUCUUCUUACAACAGCAACAGGUUUAGAUAUUUUUAAUAAAGUUGAUGGAUUUUUUCGGAAAAAUAAUCUAGCUUGGUGUAAUUGCGUUGGAAUCUGUUCGGAUGGUGCACCGGCAAUGCUUGGAAAUCGAAUAGGAUUUUGUAAACGAGUUCAGGAAGUUAACUCAAAUGUUGUAAUUAUUCAUUGUUUUUUAUAUCGAGAAAAUUUAGCAACUAGAAUAAUUCAGCCAGAACUUUUUUUAGUACUUCAAGACGUAAUUCAAAUUGUCAAUUUCAUAAAAUCAAGAGCACUAAAUUCAAGAAUAUUCCAUGCCAUGUGUAACAAGAUGGGAUCACAGUAUGUAAAUUUACUUUAUCACUCUGAUGUACGUUGGCUUUCCCGUGGAAAAAUUCUUACCCGUGUAAUGUCUUUGCGUUUUGAAAUACAAAUUUUUCUAACGGAAAAAAAACACUCAUUGGCUGAUAAAUUUAAUGACGAUUCGUGGGUCGCAAAAUUGGCUUUUCUAAGUGAUAUUUUUGGACGGUUAAAUGAAUUGAAUAUUGAGAUGCAGGGGAAGAAUAGGACAAUGGUCGAUAUUGGCAAAAAAAUCUCAUCGUUCAAACAAAAGCUCGCACUUUGGCGGGAAAAAAUGUUUCAAGGAAAAAUUGCUACAUUUCCCCUUUUAAGUGAAUUUCUUGAAGAUUCAACAAAGGUAACAUUAAAUGAUUUAAAAUUACUGCUUCAAGAGUACUUGGCCAAAUUACAGUUAGAACUCGAUCGAUAUAUACCAGAAAGCGUAGAGCUCAGUAAAUACAGUUGGAUAAGAAAUCCUUUUGAAAUUUCUGUUCACGAAGUUGGUGAAGAUAUUUGUGGGUUCCAAGAAGAACUUCUUGACCUUCAAGCCAGUCAAAGAAUCUGA